CCUCGACCUCUCUCUCUCCCCGCGACCCUUCUCCGCCGCCACCACCCACGCCGGUGAUUCCGGCAGCUUCCGACGAUUCCGGCUGCUACCGACGACGGCAAGCACACUCGCAUGAUCGCCUCCGUCCGCUCCGUCUUCCCUUCCGAGCAGAUUCGUCGCUCGCGUCCUCUACCGGUCACCCGCGACCGUCCCCUAAGCUAGGGUUUCGGCCACCACGUCGCCGGCGUGGUUCCGACGGCUCAGAUCGAGCACGCCAAUGUCGCUGUCGUUUCGCUUGCGUUGGAACAGCAAAGGGAAGGCCAUGGACGACGCCGCUCCAGCCCUUCUCCGACGCCAUCAAGCAGUAGCAGCAACUCGAUGUAGGGACGAGGGAGAGGAGGAGUCCUGCUUCCCCGGCGUGCAUCCUCUCUCUCGGAACGACACCCAACCUCAAGCGAGAGAUGCAUGUGUGGGUGGCAGCAGAUCAACCUCCUUCUCAACCCAUGUCAGGCAUCCUCCGUGGAUGAUGACGACAACCAGGGCAUCCACCGCCACGACGACACCCCGCACAUGGUCCAACUCGGCUACAACCUCCUCUACCGCGCGACUGCGGCCGCGGUCGUGUUCGGCAUCGACUACAACCUCCUCUCCGGAUCUUUGGUUCAUUAUACUGACUGCAUGCCACCUCUGUCAUCGCUGCCCCGUCUCCCGCACCAUCGGCACCGCCCCUCCGCCUUCUCCUUUGAUGCUGUAGUGGAUUCUUAGAAUGAAAAUGUUGUGUACAUCAAAAAUAUUUUAUGGUCUGUGUUUGCAAAACCAUGGUUGUUGAAUCAUGUCUUAUAAUUGUAUUGGAAAUUGCUAG